GGUUAAUCUAAUCAGCCAUGCUCAGGAUCCGACAACCACCGUUGCAACGCCUAUGGCUCACCGCGAACUUCUACACGACACGUCCGAUUCCGAGUUGCGAUGAGACGAGGGGAGAAUCCGGGUACAGCCGCCAAUACUACUAGUCUGGGACAAUUCCAAACUGCAGACAAACCCCCGAGAGUCCGCCCUACGACAGGUUCCAGCACGUCCAAGGGUGCGUUGACCAGAACAGAACCCCCCGCGUCCUCGGCAUCAUCGAAAUCCUGGAAGAGAGCCUCGUUCACCGGCCUACAGGAUCAACCGACUCUCACGCAAAUUGAUUUUGUCACUCCGAUCUCCCAGGACCCGGGGUCGAAUGAUGAUGAUCUCGACUAUAUCGACGAUCAAUCCCGCAGCCGUCCGCGGAAGAGUCACGAGGUGAUUGAGAUUGAUGACGACUCCGAUCAGGAUGCCGAUUUUCAGCCACCGUCGCGUCAUCUGCAGCCGCAUCGGGCCCGCGGCGUGAAGUUCGAGCAAAGUGCAAAGGAUGCCGCCUCAAAGCAAAAGCGAAGGAGCUCUCAGGGCGGAGGCGAGAAGAAACAGAAGCGCAGAAAAAGCGGCGAAGGCAGCAAUAGCAGUAAGAAGGAUAAGGACAAGGCGAAGGGGCAUAAAACCCUCACGCAAAUGGACUAUGUGCGACGUUAUCUGAAGAUCGAACCGGAUGAUGAUGUGAAGCUGGAGUAUACCUACAUAACUCCAAAGAAGAAUGAUGAUCGGAAUGCCCAGAAAUUGCACACCCAAGCUAAUGAGGACCGACUUCCGCAAAUUGAUCAUACUCAGCAAGCUUUGAGCGAGCGUAAGAGGCGGCAACUCAAGGAUGACCCGGGCGCGCCGGUCACAGCAGAGGCUGCGAAGGAUCAGGAACGGACAACAGGAGGACCAACCACACCGCAAAAACGACUCAAGUUCGAAAUACCUUCGUCUCAAUCCCCCGAAAGUCCCGGCCUCGCAAUCAUCACGUCUACUCAGUUCCAUAGCGCCACUCGUUCUCCACGAAGGCACGUGCCUGCGAAUUUCGCCGGUCGUUGCAUCAAGGAAGAAUCGCCUACCUUGAAUCGCAUCAAAGAGGAACCCGUCCCGGAUUCAGAACCGAUGCUGCCGUUCCCCGAUGAUUCAUUGACACAGUCCGUUGUGCCAAACUCGCCACUAUCCCAUCGACAUCCAACCAACAAACCAUCCCUCAACGCCUUGGCCGGUCAAGCGGAGUCUCCUAAUAAGCCAGCUACAUUCGAAGAAAACACAGAGACCUUAGACGACAGAGAAGGUCUCGCCAACACACAACGAACAGUGAUAUACGAGACAGAUGCGGAGACAGACUUUGGCGAUCUGGAAGACGAUUUGCCCAAUGCUCCGGGUUCUCAAAGUCCAGAACCAAUCGACCAUGAGCUCACAACUGGUGAUCUCGACUGUGAGUCCUCGAAAGAAGACUCGCAAGACCAGGAUCUUCCGCCCAUGAACCCAUCAGAACUAGACGUCGAAACGGAACCACCCCUGUCGGAACUACCGCUUCCGGAACUAAACCCAGCCUCGGAAGCAUCUAUAUAUUACCAGAGAAUGCCAGCCACCCAAUUUCCCCUUGGGACAAUACCGACUUUGAGCUCCCAGAAAUUGGCUGAGCUUUUCCCUGAGGAUUCGAAUGACCAACUCUUAAAGACCAUGUCACCGCCACCAUCAUCCCCCAGAACGGAAAGCCAUCCGAUGCAAAAGCCAGACUUACCAACCAUAAGCCGGACUCACAUACAAAAUGCCGAGAAGACCCCGAUGGAGAUCAUUCCUGAGUCUUCUCCUAUCACGCGUCAAGGAAACAGCACAAAAGCCAAGGGGCUGAUACCCCCUGAACCCCUUGCUCGAAGGGACGUGGUGCAAGUGGAGUCUUCACAGCCAGCAGACCGACUCCACAAGCAGCAUAACGAGGGAAGUUCCGGCCCUCGUGGAAUACUGUCAGGCAGCCAAAUCCUCACGUCGAGUGUGAUGGAGAGCGUGCCCCUUCCGACGUUCUUGAUGGAUAGUCAAGAUAGCGUUGGAGAACCCUACAGCUUACCAGAGUCGUAGGAAGCAUGUGACAGGCCUUGUGACAGCACUAUAUUCAUGACGAAGGUAACGAGCAACGGCAACAAAUACACCAUAUUACCAAAACAUAUAUAUAUAUCCUUCACUAUCCUGUCCGAAUCCGUAGACCUCCACCACGUGGAGGGGGCCGGUCGGGCCGUCGUAGCCCCGGGAACGGAACCGCCCAGUUGACACCACC